AUGAGGGCACUGGUUGUGUUGAAGCUACACUUUUCAUGGUGCUUAUUUACGACACUAAGGUUUUUGUCAGGGAAGUACACAAUUAACCUGAACUGUGAAGAAAUUAAGAUAUCUAAGUCAGCAGCAGGAUUCCCAGUGGAAGAGUUGAAGACGUUGACCGAAGAAGACCUAAACAGCUGCUUCUCUCUCUUGGGGAAAGAAAAGUUAUCAGUUGAUCAAGCAGAGGCACUGUGGCAGCUGGUGUUACAGAGAAUCUUAGCUUAUCAAGCGCACCAUUAUUACUGCUGGGCAAAGAUAUAUGACUUACAUGCAAUACUUUUGUUAAUGAUAACUUUCUCGAUGAAGAGUCGAGGGCCAGUGGAAGAGAUACCUGAGGAAGAUCUUCGCUUGCUGGGUUGGGUGACUAGAGGCAUCCCUUCAGGGCAGUUCCUCAACAUGUCUUUCACUGACAUUGACACAAUCGCUGCCUUUGGACGAUAUUAUGAACUCUCUUAUGAUCAGUUAUCUGCUCUUCGAGAUGCUGUAAUGGAACAGUGGAGCAACAAAGACAUCACAGACUUAUCUUGCUUUGAUCUUGCAAAUCUUGGACAUAUUUUGUGUGCCUUCAAUGCCAGUGAGAUUGAAAAGAUUCACCCUGAUGCUUACAAGGAUGCUGCAAGUGAACUGUCUCUGUUGAGAAACUGUAGUGAAGAUGUCCUGAAAAGUCUAGCAAAAUUAGCAACAAAUCCAGAUGGCUUUGGAGAUCCUGGGAAGUGGACAGCUCUCGAGAUUUCGUCCAUAGGCUGUGUGCUUGCUGGAGUUCCAGUUAUCUCAUCUAUUCCAACUGAAGCUUUCAAAGGCAUAUCUCCUGGGAUUGUUGGAUGUCUACCAAAAUCAGUGUUCCAGGCCAUGAGUGAAGCACAACUGAAACUGAUACCAGCCACCAGUGGAAUGGCCCUGGGAGAUAUAAAACUGACCAGGAAGCAAGGGGCAGCUCUGGAGCAAGCUAUCUCAGGACCUGCCACCCGCAACUCGGCUCCUAGCAGCAACACAGAAUUAUUCACUACAGCAGUGAUUCCAAUAUUGAACACAUUCUAUAAUACAAAGCUUAUGGCAAAAAGCAGAGUCCAAGCCUCCAUCAGCCUUCACAACAAAAACCCAUACUAA